GCCCCGCUCCGCCAUCAUGAAGUCCUGAACAAAAACGGAUGGGAGUCAAGCAAAAUGGGGAUAACACGGACUGAGGAUGAAAUUCGCCGACAACACUAACGAAAUGACAGUGCACAGUGGAGAAGGGAGCGGACCAGUGGAAAUUAAUGAAUCAUUUUCCCACUGAAAACGUCCCAGGCGGCUCCUGGCGUUACGUUAUAUAGUUAGCGGUGUUGCUAACAGCAGCCAGAGCUAGCCCCUGAUUUUCUUGUGAAGACAGCUCUGUGCUAUUAGCUGCCUGGCUCGUUUAGCUGGCAGCCGUCAGUCAGCUAGCUGUCACUGUAAUUGACUGGCACUUCACUCAUGUCAAGUCGUGCAGACGCGCUAGCUGUCCAAUUGACUGGGAGCAUCAGGAUGGAGAGGAGUUUAAGUAAAAGCAUCGACAGGCAGAAUGUGGUUUGUUCGUGUUGAAUAGACACCAGUGUCGAGGAAAGGGGAGUGAGACCAAUAUUUUCCAGCCAGGCCAGUUAGCUAGCUUCAGAGCUAGCUACAGUGGAUCCCAAAAGCCACGGCGCUGGCCAUGCCGUCGAGUGUGCGGGCCGGGAGCCUGAAGGACCCGGAGGUGGCUGAGCUGUUCUUCAGGGAGGAUCCUGAGAAGCUCUUCACGGACCUGAGGGAGAUCGGCCAUGGGAGCUUUGGAGCGGUCUACUUUGCCCACGACAUCCGCACCAAUGAGGUGGUGGCCAUCAAGAAGAUGUCCUACAGCGGCAAACAGUCCAAUGAGAAAUGGCAGGAUAUCAUCAAGGAAGUGAAGUUCCUCCAGAAGCUGCGUCACCCAAACACGGUGGAGUACAGGGGCUGCUACCUGAGAGAGCACACAGCAUGGCUGGUGAUGGAGUACUGCCUGGGCUCAGCUUCAGACCUCUUAGAAGUCCACAAGAAACCCCUCCAGGAAGUGGAAAUAGCGGCCAUAACCCAUGGUGCACUGCAGGGAUUGGUUUAUCUUCACUCUCACAACAUGAUUCACAGGGACGUGAAAGCGGGAAACAUCUUGCUAACAGAGCCAGGUCAGGUCAAACUGGGAGAUUUUGGCUCUGCCUCCAUCGUCGCCCCAGCCAACUCCUUUGUAGGAACACCGUACUGGAUGGCCCCUGAGGUGAUCCUGGCCAUGGAUGAGGGUCAGUACGAUGGGAAGGUAGAUGUGUGGUCACUUGGCAUUACCUGCAUAGAGCUGGCGGAAAGGAAGCCUCCUCUGUUCAACAUGAAUGCUAUGAGUGCCUUAUACCACAUCGCCCAGAACGAGAGCCCUGUACUGCAGUCCAAUCACUGGUCCGAUUAUUUCCGUAACUUUGUGGACUCCUGUCUGCAGAAGAUCGCCCAGGACAGACCUACCUCUGAUGUGCUGCUCAAGCACCAUUUCCUAUGCAGAGAGCGUCCCAUGACGGUGGUGAUGGACUUGAUCGCCCGCACCAAGGAUGCUGUCCGCGAGCUUGACAACCUGCAGUACCGCAAGAUGAAGAAAAUCCUUUUUCACGAGGCGCACAAUGGCCCCGCACCAGAAGGAGGUGACGAGGAAGAGGAUGUGGAACAGUACAUGCUGCGCACCGGCACAGUCAACAGCAUGGAGAGCUCCCACUCUCUGCCCUCCAUGUCAAUCAGCGCCAGCUCCCAGAGCAGCUCCGUCAACAGCCUGGCAGACGGCUCCGACGACAGCGGGGAGAUGGCCAUGAUGCAGGAGGGCGAGCACACCGUCACCUCCAACAGCUCUGUUCUGCACAAGCCCCUGAGCCAUGACAACAUCUAUGAUGAUCCAUAUCAGCCUGAGGUGGAGUCACAGCGAGAGGCGUCGUCUGCGGGUGGUGGAGGAGGCGGAGGAGGAGGGAGGCGUCGUCGAGGCAGAGACCAUUUCGCCACCAUCAGGACGGCCUCGCUUGUCACCCGUCAGAUCCAAGAGCAUGAGCAGGGUUCGGCUCUGAGGGAGCAGAUGUCUGGGUAUAAGCGAAUGCGGCGGCAGCACCAGAAGCAGCUGAUGGGUCUGGAGAACAAGCUGAAGGCAGAGAUGGACGAGCAUCAGCUGAGACUGGACAAAGAGCUGGAGAAUCAGAGGAACAGCUUCUCCAUGGAGGGAGAGAAACUAUCCAAGAAGCACCUGGCCAUCCUGGAUAAGGAGACCAAGGCAGUCCUGACUGAGGAGAAGAAGUUUCAGCAGCACAUUUUGGCCCAGCAGAAGAAGGAGCUGACCAGUCUGCUGGAGUCCCAGAAACGACAGUAUCGCCAACGCAAGGAGCAGCUCAAAGAGGAACUCAAUGAGAACCAGUCGACACCAAAGCGUGAGAAACAAGAGUGGUUGGUACAUCAGAAAGAGUGUCUGCAGCAGCUGCAGGCGGAGGAAGAGGCCAACCUCCUGCGACGGCAGAGGCAGUACUACGAGCUGCAGUGUCGCCAGUAUAAGAGGAAGAUGCUGCUCGCACGUCACAAUCUGGAGCAGGAUCUGCUCCGAGAGGAGCUGAACAAGAAGCAGACCCUGAAGGACCUGGAGUGCGCCAUGCUCCUGCGUCACCACGAGUCCACCCAGGAGCUCGAGUUCCGCCAGCUGGGCCUGGUGCAGCACACGCGGGCUGAGCUGAUCCGCACGCAGCACCAGACGGAGCUCACCAACCAGAUGGAGUACAACAAGCGGCGCGAGCAGGAGCUGCGUCAGAAACACGCCAUGGAGGUCCGCCAGCAGCCCAAGAGCCUCAAAGUGAGUGAGAGCAACCAGAGCCAGGGGUCUCCUGAGGAGGGGGAGAGCCCGACGACUGGGGGGCAUGGCUUGGGCAGCGAAGAGGGGGAGUUAGAACUGGAAGUGGAGGGCGAGUUAAAAGAAGAGGGUGAGGUGUUAGCUGAGGAGACAUUUGAUGGUCAGGAGGAGUUCAAGUCUGAGGUUAGAAGUGAAGUGGAGGAGGAGGGAAGGGAAUCUGUGGUGAAACAGAACGAUGAGGAAGAUCAAACUCCAAGCAGAGAGGAUGAGGAGUGGAAAAUAUGUGAGGGAAAGGCAGAGGAGAGGGAAGUAGAAGGGGUGCAGCAGUGGGAAUACGAGGAUAACCAGAGUAAAAUUGCACAUUUAGACACAGAUGAAGAAGAAGAGUCAAGGGGUGUUGCCGACGGCUGUCCAUCAGAGCUCAUCUCACCCCUAACUCCAGAGAGGAGACGACUUCGUGAGCGAGACAUUGAUGAACUGUCAGAGUUUUACUUCCCUGACGCUCCAGAGCUAGAGCCCGUCCCCGUCUCCCCCCCUUCUCCUCCCCCUUCCUCAACCCAAGCGUCACUCCCAUCCUUCUUCUCCCACGCCAUCUGCCUCCUUCUCUCCCUCUCGGCCGCCGCCCAACCCUCCAACCUCACCCUGCUGCUUCUCUCCAUCUUCCUCCUCUCACUCCGCCGCUCUCCUCCUCUGCCCUCAGUGGCCUCACUGCUCCUCUCGGCCGAGCUCGCCUUCUUUGCGCUGUUCUUCUCGUACCUGUUCCUACGCUCCUGCUGCUCCCUGUCCCUUUCCACAUACCUGUCCCUCAGCCUCUGGGCGAGCGGCCUCUUCAGUUUAGGCCUCUCCUUCAGUUUGGGGAUUUAUUACAUCCCUAUGAUUCUGAUUUCUGCCUCCUUCCUCAGCUCUCCCUCACUCUUCCUCUCUCUUUACCUUGUGGUGGUACUCGUCAUCAGGCCGGCCCGCGACUUUCUCCAGAACGCACCUCGCAAAGUUAACCGCCUCUGCAUGCGAGUGCUUUUCCGAUUGCCGCGCCCCCUGUUUGCCAUGUGCCAGUCAGUCCUGGGCGGUAUGGCAGAGAGGAAUCUCUAUGAGAUGUUUCCAAAAGCUGGGCGCAACUGGGGUGUGCGUCAGUCCAGAAUCCCUGUCUCUUUGAGGAGUCUGCCAUUAGAGUAUCAGGCUUGUUGCAGUCAUGCCACACCGUUCGCCAGAGGUCUCCUCUGGAUGAAACGAUUCUGCAGACGGCCCCUAGGGGUCAUGGCAGAUCUCGCUAACUCCAUAGUGUUAAAACUAGCCACGCUGCUUGCUAAAAAGCUGCCCCCAAAUGUGCGUAUCAAACUGCAGACCGUGGGUCUCUUAAAGAAGGAAACUCCAAGCAGACUGCCCCGACUGCUGCCCAGAGAGGUGAGAGAGAGGAGGCAGAGGGAGAGGAGAAGGAGAGAGAGGGAGAGGCAGAGGAGGGAGGAGAGAGAGAGGAUGUAUCGAGACGAGGUUAGGUGGGAGUGUGGGUUAAGAAGGACCUCAUCUGGGAGGUUUGUCAGGGGGAAAAUUCGGCCGUGGAGAUAAAAAAAAAAAAAAAAAAAAAACAAGCUGAAGGGAAAGAGAAACGUGUGUGCUUUAUCAUGACACGUCAUCCAUCCUUUGCAUCGUUUUGGUUUCAGCCUGCUUGAAUAAGCCCCCUACUGGUUUCCAGUCACAUUUGAGAAAAAUGAGACAUAUUUGACCCCGCACAUUACCUGCAGGCUGAAAAUUGUUUUUUGGCUGUUGAUCCAAAUGUGCACACGAGCCACACUGCUGACUCAGCGAGCUCUUCAGAUGUAAACAAACACACCAUACCCAGUGAAGUUUUCUCAUUAUUUUGCUUUUUGUAAAAGUUUCUUAAAGUUUUUUUUUAUUUUAUUUGAUUUUAUUUUAUUAUUUUGCUCUUAAUUUGUAAGACAAAUAUUUGAAUGGUUAUUUUUUGGACCACUUUUGUGCAAUCUUUUGUUUUGGUUUUUCUUAGCAUUGGUCUUAUUUCACAGGGUGCACUGGUACCUCAGUGCUCAGAACAAACCAGAUCUGCAGUGUUGCUUGGCUUCUUAGCUGUAAUUUCAACCCCCAAAGCUGAAUACUGUGAAGAAGAAACAUAUAAUUUCACUAAAAUCACCCUGAACACUAGCUCUCCGAGUUUUAAUCAAAGUGCAAUAAACAGGAAAGCAGAAAUAUCACAUUUAACAUCAUCAAAGUCUGACUUUAAAGGAGUUUAAAUCAGAGCUUAGAGACACUUAGCUGGAACUUUUAGCAUAUCUAGUGCUUUAUUUUAUCUAGUGAUAUCAUUAUAAUAAUAUAAAAUAUAAUUCACAGCAGAUUAUAUCUAUCUUUUAUAUUAUACUUGGUUAUAAUGAUGAUAUUGCACUUUAUGCAAUAGUCUAGUUAUUAUUUACUAUGUAAACAUUUAGACAUUAGUUCCUUUAAUCAUAUAAAUAAACCCGUUUAGUGCCUAGCUUCAAGUGUUUGCACAAAUACGUUUGGCCUGUUGUGAAGCGACAUAUCCUACAUUUGAUCUGAAGCAUAAUUAAGCUUUAGUAAAAGUUUAAUAUAAUAGACCCUAUUUAAUACUUGAUGUAGCUUUAUUUAUAUGAAGCCAUAAAGACAAUCUUUUGAGACAUGCAAUCAUAAAAUUAGUCCAAAGGUUGAUGCAACUACUGAAUGUGAAAGUGGAAGAGGGAGGAAAUGCUAAUAAUAGCAGACAUCGGUUUAGCUUUGCACUGUCCCAAAGACUUUGAAAAACACCAGGAUUGGCAGAGGAGAGUUCUGCCAUGUGGACCUGCAACCAAUAAUUUAUGAUCAGGCAGUAAAAACUAGAAAGAAAGUAGCAGAGAAAUGCCUUUUACACCAAAAAAUUCAAACAAACCCCAAAGAAAUUCAGGUUACCCUACUUGCGCUUUUGCUUGUAUGAAGACUAAAUUACUGAAAAGCCCUGAUGUUUUCUUUAUUUAAAUGAAGUCUAAUGAACAAUGACUGGCAGCAUAACAAGCAGAAAUCUGAGAGUAUAAGGAGUUAAAAAUCUGCCUAUUUUCUAAGGAAACCUGCUGCAGAAGUAGUGAUUAUAAAUGAUCGUUUUGAAGGGAGAUUUUCCCGGUAUUUAACAGAUGAACGUUUAAAAGCCAUCUUAAUGAAGAGGAACUCCAUGUUAACUGGACUUUAUUCCAGAUGACCUGCAUUUGGAAAGUGCAGCUUUAAAAAGUAAUUUUACACCAAAAAUUGUUCUGUUUGAAUGUAACUUAUCGGCCAUUGAUUUCAUUCAGUGAAUUCCUGUUCCUCUGUGUAUGUUUACAUGUUUGUAUCCUGUUUUGUUGUGACACCGUCUGAGUUAUAUCACCUUGAGUUUUUUAUAUAUUUAAUUUAUGCAGUAUUUAUAAGACUGCAUUGUGUUUGGCAGCCAUUUUGUUCUCCUUUUAUCCUCAUUUUAGCUGCAUGAGUGUUUGUGUACUGUAUGGCUGUGCGAUCGCAAGCAUAGAAAAGUAUUUUGUCAUACUUUCAGAGUUUUCU